AUGCCCGUCCCCGACACAUUCCUAGCGGCUACGGUCAACGAGCCCCACGCCCAACAUGUUGUUUCUAACCGCUCAUUGCAACCACUUGAAUCGGGCGAAGUUGCGAUCAAAAUCACUGCCACAGCCAUCAACCCGGUCGACUGGAAGAUCCGUGACUACAACGUCUUCAUCAAAGAGUACCCAGCCGUGUUAGGAUCCGAUGCCGCGGGAGAGAUUGUUGCCGUCGGAGCCGACGUUUCCAAUUUCGCUGUUGGCGAUCGGGUCUUCUUCCAGGGGAUCAUUGGCCGAUAUGACUCGUCGACCUUCCAACAAUACUGUAAGAUGCCGGCCACACUGGUCUCCAAGACCCCCAGCAGCAUUAGCGACGACCAAGCGGCAGGCAUCAGUCUCGCGACCGUGGCGGUUGUUACGGCCUUCUACGACAAGUCCGGCCACGGGUUGACCCCACCGUGGGACCAGAAUGGCCCACAGGUCGGAAAGGGCAAGGCCGUCGUGAUCAUCGGAGGCGCCUCGUCCGUGGGCCAAUAUGCCAUCCAACUCGCUCGGCUGUCGGGCUUUGAAAAGAUCGUGACCAACGCAAGCCUGCAAAACCACGAGUGCGUCAAGAAGCUAGGCGCACAUGUGGUGCUGGACCGGGCCCAUUCGAGCCCGGAGGAUUUCAAGGCGGCCAUCGGCGGAUUGCCUUUGGAAUUCGUGUUUGAUGCUAUCUCGGUGAAGGCGACGCAAGCAUUGGGUGUUGAGAUCGUCCAGGCUACGGAAGGCGCCGAUAAGAUUGUGACGGUCCAGGGUGCCGACGCUGAUGCUAUUGCCCUCGGUCAGUCGAAAGAGCCGAAGGUUGCGGUCAAGCAGGUCUUGGGAUUGGGCAGCUCCCCGGCGUUGCGUUAUCUCAGCGAACCUUUGGUGAAACAUCUCGGCGGCGAGGAUGGCUAUAUCGCUAAGAACCUUUUCGUCCCCAACCGGGUGCAUCUGGUUCAAGGGGGACUGAAUGCCGUGGAACAGGCCCUUGCGAAGAAUAAGGAGGGUGUGUCUGGUGAGAAGGUUGUAUUCCGCCCUAAUGACGGAGCAAACUGA